AUGCAUGAUGGUAAAGAAUGUGGCGUUUCUUAUAAUGAUGAUAAUGAAAAAUCUUUAAACCAAUUAGAUAUACAAGAUGCAAUUAAAAAUCAACGAUUAAAAAAAGAAGAAGAAUAUGAAGAAUCUCGUCAAUUAUUAGUAGAAUUCAUUUUGGAUAACAAUCAAGCAUUUAAUAUUCUAAAUUGCAAAAGUUUUCGUAAUUUGCUAUAUUCUCUUGAUAAGAAUUUUAUUGUUCCUUGUGAUAAAACAAUUAAAACUAUGAUUGGUAAAGCUUAUAUAUGGAGUUGUAUACAACUUAAUGAGUUAUUAAAAAGUGAUUGUAUUGCCGCCUCUAUAACCACAGAUUUUUGGACAAGUAGAGCAAAACAAGGAUAUAUUAGU